AUGAUACCAUCGUCAAAACCAAAUUCAAGAGUUGAAUUAAGAUUCAGAUGUCAUCAUUUAAAGAAUUUAGAUAUCGUUAGUAAAUCUGAUCCACAAAUCUUUAUUAGUGAAAAGAGAGGUCCAGGAGGUUUCCAAUUUGUUGAUUGUACUGAAAAAAUCAAAAACAAUUUAUCACCAGAAUUUAAAAAAACCAUUACUCUCGAUUAUUAUUUUGAAGAAAUCCAAACCUUAACAUUCACUGUUAUGGAUAUUGAUAAAGAAAUCACAUUGUUUGGUGAUUUAGAUAAAAAUGAUAAAAUUGGUGAAUUUACAACAUCAUUAUCAAAUAUUUUAUCAAGACCUGGUAGAAAAAUUGUUGCAGAUUUAAUUCAUCAUAGUAAAGUUACUGGUAAAAUUGAAAUUUCAGCAGAAGAGAUUUGUCAAACCAAUCAUCAUAUCUUUUUAAGUGCUGAAGGUAUUGGUCUUGAUAAAAAAGAUUUAUUUUCAUCAGAUCCAUAUUAUAAAAUCUAUAAAACCAAUCCAAAUGGUGAACAAUUAUUAGUUUUCCAAAGUAUUGUUAUUAAAAGUAAUGUUAAUCCACUUUGGCCAGAAUUACACAUGGAAUUGGAAAAAUUUAAUGGGGGUGAUAUGUUUAGAGAGCUUUUAAUUGAAGUUUAUGAUUAUGAUAGUAUUGGUGCACAUGAUUUAAUUGGUAUCACACGUACAACAACCGAUGCAAUCCUUAGAGGUGUCAUUGAAUAUCCAUUAAUUAAUCCAAAGAAAACCUCAAAAUCUGGUUACAAAAAUAGUGGUAUCUUAAAGUUUUAUAAAGUUCGUUUAGAAAAGACUCAUACCUUUUUAGAAUUUUUAGCAGGUGGUUGUGAAAUUUCAUUAAUGACAGCAAUCGAUUGUACAGGUAGUAAUGGUUCAGUUAAUUCAUUUUCAGGUCUUCAUUAUAAUGAUCUUGAAAAGGGUGGUAGUGCUUAUGCACGUUCAAUUGCAUCUGUUGGAAGUGUUUUAUCAUCAUAUGAUUCUGAUGGUUUUAUUGAUGUAUUUGGAUUUGGUGGUGAAUAUCAAGGUCGUACAUCACAUUGUUUCCCAUUUUCAUUGGAUCCAAAUGUUCCAUCAGCUUUUGGUGUAGCAGGUGUUUUAGAAAUGUAUAAUAGAAACAUCUCAAAGAUUCCAUUUAGUGGUCCAACUAAUUUUGCAUCAGUUAUUCAAGAAGCAAUUGCUAGAGCUUCAGAAAGUCGUUUACCAUAUCAACAAAAAUAUACAGUUUUAUUAAUCAUAACUGAUGGUGAAAUUUGUGAUAUGGAUGAAACUAUAAAAUGUUUAGUUCAAGCAUCAAAUUUACCAUUAUCAGUUGUAAUUGUUGGUGUAGGUUUAAGUUCAUUUGAAAAUAUGAAUUUAUUAGAUGGUGAUAAUGGUUGUUUAGUGGAUUACAAAGGUAAUAGAGCUAAAAGAGAUAUCGUUCAAUUUGUACCAUUCAAUAAAUAUUCAGGUAAUAUUAAUGCUUUAGCUCAAGAAACCUUAAAAGAAAUUCCAGGACAAUUAUUAAGUUAUUUCAAAAGUAUUGGAGUACCUCCAAAUCCUCCAAGAACUUUUAUUCCAGUUGAUAUUUUACCACCACCACCACAAUAA